AGCGUCACUAGCUUACUUAGCUGAGGUUCUUCUUCUUGGAUCAUGGCCGACACGAGGCGCGCCGCUGCUCUCUGCCUCCUCCUGCCCCUGCUCGUCUUCUCGCUCGCGAAUCCUUACCUCGCCGAGGCCGGUAAAUACGUUUGCAUGAGCAAGUUCCCGAUGAUGCCCUUCUGCGCCGAGUGGAUGUGCACGGCGGAGUGCUGGACGGAGGCGAAGCUGAACCUCGCCACCGUCAAGGAGUACCGCUGCGCCAAGGGAGGCAUCAAAGGAUAUUGCUACUGCCUCUUCUGCGGCGAUAACCUUAAACAAGACGAGGUCCAAGAACCAAAGCCACAAGAGCUGAUUCACAAUUAGAUCGAACGGCGUCCAAGAUCAUCGAUGGAUCACUGGAUCAGAUCAGUCAAUAAUUCUUCUGCCGGCGUCUGGAUCGAUCAACAGAGGAUGGAUGAAAUUCAGUUAAAUUGCUAGUUUGUUUCAGGAAUCAUAGAAGUAGUACCUUAGCUAGUUAAAAUGUUCUACUAAUUUGUAUUCCGUGUUCAUUCGUUCGUUUGUUUGAUUCCUUUUCUUUCUUCAGUAUCACAUGGAAUUCCCCUCGGAAACAUGCAAACCGAAAUGUUAGCUAGCUGUUUGGACAGAUGUAUUGGCUGAGACAAAGCAUUCGGCAGUUUUUUUUUAAUUUUGAUCCUUAAGUUUCUUUCGAA